AUGCAGACUGCUUCUAAAAACAUUUGUGAAAGCAUGGGUUGCUCUCAGGAGCUCAGUGAAUUCAAGCAUGGUACCGUGAUAGGUUGCCACCUGUGCAAUAAGUUCAUCCAUGAAAUUUCCUUGCUACUAAAUAUUCCACAGGCAACUGUUAGUGGUAUUAUACCAAAGUGGAAGCAACUGGAAACAACAGCAACUCAGCCACGAAUGCGGGGUCAGGGCAUGCUGAAGCGCACAACGCACAGAAGUCACCAACUGUCUGCCAAGUCAAUAGCUAAAGACCUCCAAACUUCCUGUGGUCUUCAGAUUAGCACAACAACAGUGUGUAGGGAGCUUCAUGGAAAGAGUUUCCAUGGC